CCGCUCCCGCUCCAGCUGAACACGCAGCCAACCCAUCCGUCGGCAUGUCUGCCGCUCCACCGCUUCCAUGAUUCCACCCGAGCAUUGCUGUCCGCGGCCUAAAGGCGCUGGGGUUCGGGUGGGUACCAACCAGCCCAGCCCAUCCGCAAACCACAGAGCAGAGCAGAGGCCACCGAUGCCACAGCCACACUGCUGCACCACCACAUCCAUGUCAAUAUAGCAGUAGCCUAGUCGGAGCACUAGCUAGAGCGGCAGCCUAUCUGUAUGCCAUCACAGUACUGCCACUUCUACGCCUUUCUUCUGCGUUGCUGCUUGAAUUGCUGCUUCUCUCCCCUGCAGCGAACUGGGCGACCAGUGGCCGGCCGGUUCAGUGCCUACCGCUGCUGCCGCGCGCGCGUGCAGGCAACGCAACUUUUUUGCUGAAGUAAAGGCUCGCCACCUGCUCUGCUCUGCUUGCUCGGACAGACAGACCGUCAAAUCAAGGGCUACAGCCGGCCGGCCGGCCGUACUGCACUGCGUUUGGUUUUCGUUGGGCGGGCACGCCGCUGGCUAAGCUGUGAAUCAGCGGCGCCAUGAGCAAGGAGCAGGCGCAGCGGCGGUUCAUGGCCAUCCCCUUCUCCUCCGGCUGCCGCUCCCACUCCAACGUCAACGUCGUCGACACCGCCCGCCACGCCGGCAAGAAGCGCCAAGCAGUGAGCGAAUUAGGGGCGGGCGGCAAGCCGGCGGCGGCGAAGGGGGAGUCGCUGGUGGCGCGACUCCUCAGGGGGUUCAAGAACUUGUCCCAGAUCUUUGCGGUGUACGAGGAGGAGGAGGAGGAGCGAGAGAUGGUGAUCGGGCUUCCCACGGACGUGAAGCACGUGACGCACAUCGGGUGGGACGGCAGCACCAACACCACCACCAGCGUUCGCUCCUGGAGCCGCGCCGCGCCGCCGCCCGCGCCUUCCUCGUCCGCGUCCACCUCCACCGCGCCGCCCCAGCAGCAGGAGCACCAUCCGCUUCCCCUGCCGCCGCUCUCCAUGCGGCAGUUCGAGCUUGCCAUGGCUGCGCAGGCCGCCGCCGCCGGCGCCUCCAGUGGCGGCACCAACACCGCCGCAGCUGCCCACCGGCGUCACAGCUAGCGUCACAAGCUAGGUUGGUACGUCCUUGGCCGGUCGCUGAAUUCAUCACAAGCCGUCGUCCGUUUCUGCCGUCCGCGCUGUUGGAAAUCAAUCACUGAUUUCCCUCUCGCAACUAGACUAUCUCUCUCAACCACUCACACAUUUUCAAAGGACACUUGCACCUGAAUCUCAGGAACGAAGAAAGAUUACAUUGAAACACUAGUGUUUUAGUGGACACCAACAUGCAUCCAAGAUUUUUCUCUUUGUUUACUCGAUUACCUCGGAUGAAUGAGAUUACAUGCUUUUAAAGGGAAAUGGAACUCCACAUUAUGUUGUGCACGUAGGAUGGUUUAUCUCUCUUACCUAAUACUCAUCUA